AUGGAAUUUAUCGGCGAGAGAGGUGUCACACUAUCGGGUGGUCAAAAAGCGCGUGUCGCCCUUGCACGAGCCCUGUUCGCUAAUCGACAGAUUUAUUUGCUGGAUAACGCUUUGACGGCACUCGACAAAAAAGUCGCCGAUCGUAUCUUUGAAAAGGCCGUUCAGGAGAUGUUGGGCAAUAAAACAGUCGUUUUUGUGACAACUGAUGUUCAGCGUUUAGCGCACUGCGAUCGUGUGGUCUAUAUGGAAUCUGGUCGUGUCGUCGGAGUUGCACCACAUGAGGAACUUCUUGAAAGUUGUGAAGCAUACGCGUUGUUCUGUGAAAAUACCACGCUUAGUAGUGGUUUGUACUGA